GUGCCUUUCCUGCAGUCAUGAGCAGACAAAAUAUUUGCUCAAGGGCAGAUGCAUUUUUAUGACUGCUGUUUUGUGGAUUCGGUUCUAUAUAUACUGAAGUACGAGAAUUCGGAUGACUGCUUGAUCUGCUGUGCCGCAUCUCGAAUUUUCCUAGCGUCAGCCCCUGAAUAAGCCCCGGCCGCCAUUCCCGGCUCUGCUUCCUGACCUCCCUGCAAUUUGAUGUCAAUUUCAUCAACGGCGGGCUCCCAACCAAACGGUCGCCUUUAGCACGAGAUCUUUGCCGGGACUACCUAGAAACUGCGUUUUACCCGUGGCAAUGUUUAAUAGUACGCCCCUAUGCAAGACUCUUUUGUGCCAACGAUGUAUCUAACGAUGAAAAAGGAUAUGUGGUGAAGAGUGACGACUCAUGAGCAAAGAGAGUUCAUUCUUGCAAAUGUCCUCGCCCAGGAGGUCGAGGGGAGUUUUCUUGACCGGCUUGAUUUUGAUUCUGGUGGCUUUGUACUACUACGAUUUCUUCGGCCUCCUGGUUGAGCGAGAUGGAGAUGAAGGGAGGCACCAAAUCACCCCACCUUCGAAGGAUGCCGGUCAGCAUGCCGUACCGGAUGAGCAAACUUCAUCGUUGAAAUUAUCGGACACUUCGUCAACUGCCAUUCACACAGAUCCUGUAUCAUCUCAACCCACAACUUCGGCGUUGGAAGUCGUACCAACACCAACAUCGACUCACUCCGCACCUCAACAGGCGCACAAGGGAGCAGGAGCACCAGAAGAUGUGCUCCUCAUCUUCAAAACGGGCGCUAGCACUAUCUGGCGCCGCAUGCCCCUCCAUCUCACCACUACCCUCUCCAACGGACGCAUACCCCACAGCGUGAUCUAUUCCGACCUUCCGGAACAACUUUCCAGCACAAUUUCCGCUAUCGACGUCCUGACCAACUCCUCUUCCAUCAUCCAGAAAUUCGACCCCUCAGCCUACGCUGCAUAUCAGGACCAACAGUCGCCUUCUCACCUCAACACCUACCGGGAGCAUGCUCGAUUACCAGGCGACGAACCACCUGAUGCCACAGCUGGUAAUCAGCCAGGUUGGUUAUUGGACAAGUAUAAAUUCCUCCCAAUGCUUGCACAUGCUCAAAGGAAUUGGCCUAAUUUGAAAUGGUACAUCUACAUCGAGGAUGAUACGUUCAUUUUCUGGGAUAACGUUCUUUCUUACCUCUCCACACUGGAACCGGACGAUGAACCAUCUUAUUACGGAGCCUAUUCCGGAGAAGGAAACAACACGUUCGCUCAAGGCGGUUCGGGACUUGUGUUCUCGCGGUCUCUUAUGAGCGCUGUUUUCUCUGGUGACAAUAUUCCUGAUCUGGAGAAAUAUGGAAAUGAAACCUCGCAAUCUUGUUGUGGCGACAUCAUGCUGGGAAAGGUGUUGAGAGAUUAUGGAGUUUAUGUCAAUAGAGGGACGUAUGGAACUGGCUCUUUCCGUCCAGAACCGCCGUGGAAAACGGGCUUUGAUGAUUGGUCUUGGUGUGCACCUGUCUUUACUUUUCAUCAUUUGCAUCAGAGGGAUAUUCUCCAAUUGUCGGAGCUGGAAAGGAAACGAAGGGCAUUGGAUGCUGGUCGUCCUGUGAUCUUUAGAGAUGUGUAUAUGGAACUUAUUGCUCCGUAUCUCACCAAGCCGAAAUUGACGAAUUGGGAUAAUUUUGCAUCAAGAUACGUCUUUGGCAGUAAUGCCACUGAUCCUGUUGAGGAAGAUCUGAAUUCUAUCGACCAUGCAGUUCUCGAAGCAGCACCAUCCUCCGCUGAGGCAUGUCGAAAAGCAUGUCUCGCUAUACCCAACUGCAUGGGUUGGCGUCAUGAUUCUGCUAAUGAAAAAUGUGGAAUGGAUACGGUGGUGAAGUUGGGUAGGGAGCCAGAUCCACAGCCUCAUUGGGAGGCGAAGACGGUAAUUACGAGUGGCUGGAUACUGGAGCGCAUUGAUGACGUGUUAUUGAAGGAAACUUGUAAGGUUGUGAAAGAUCCAUAGACUUUCAAUGUACUAUUCCCAAC